GUUUUGUCAUUCCCAGUCGCGAGCAUGGGCGACUGCUUCUCCGAUGUGGGCUGCCGCAAGCGUGGCUGGCCAGCGUGCGGCUACAAGUGGCUCGUGCUCGCCCCCGUCGGUCUUCUUUGGCUCGUUUGGCUCUGCGUUGGUAUCGCAAUGCUCCAGCGCCAAGGGGGUCUCACAAAACUCUUUCCAUUCGACCCGAAAAGGAUACAUGAUCCCCUCGCCCAAGGCGUCGCGGUUGCCCUCUCGCAGCGACGCUCGGACUCGGACAAGCGCCCGCGACUUCUCCGGUACCUCAAGGUGUGCGCCAUGUUGGCCGAGUGGCCAUCGUUCACAUGCACCCCCCUUCUCGUCGCAAUAAAAGCCACCAACGAGACCAACAACCUCGCCCACAUGCUUAGCAUGCUCACCACGACGAGCGAGGCGAUCAAUGUGCUUCUUGCUGCUUUCUGCGGCAUUUGCAUUCUCCUCCUCCGGCAAUGCGCUACCAAAAACGAGGCGCUGCUCAUGCGAUUCGCCUACCCCGUUACAUUUGACGUGCUCUACAUUCCAUUUGUCGCAACCUUCUUGCGCCUUGCGUCCUGCCCGGAUGGGUACGAUCACAUUGUGCUGCCCGGCACAUCGUCGUGCGAGUGUGUGGACCGUUUUGGCAUUUACGGGGUCUGUGGCCUCGUCGGGUUUCUACUUCUUUACGGAAGCGCGUUGCAUUACAAAACGCACAUUGAGCCGUUGGCGACGACCAUGGACUUUCGUUUUCAAACUAGCUUCCAAGUCAUUAUGGUCAUGGCCCGCACCCACAACCCGGUGGUGUCAAUGCUAGUCAACGCCAUCGACCUCGCACGCGUCACUGGUGCGGCGAUUGGGAUCACGAUAUGCCUCGGCCUCUGUGCGUCCUUCUUGCUCGUGUACACGUACCAGACGCAGCCCUGCAUUGGUAGCGGCCGUGUCCCCAACAACAUUCGCGCCGUCUCGUUCUCCAGCUCCAUUUACACGUCCCUUUGCGUGCUCGUCCUCGUCUCGACGAGCGGUGGCAUGCAGCUGCUGUACUACGCGCUGACGCCGCUGCCAGUGGUUUGGGUCCUCGCGUGGACACUCAAUGACCGUCGCGCGCGAGCGUUCAACAUCCCCAACCUUUCGAUUCUCGAGCUCCUCGAACACCCGUCGUCACAGGCCCACGUCGUUGGCGCCAUCGCUGCCUUCCACGUCGAUGUCACCAAAGUCAAUGUGCGCGAGUUUGCCUCGAUCUACCGGCGCCUCGAAGCACUGGCCAAAGCCACAAAGCGCGAUCCGCUCGGCCGCAUCUAUGCGAUUCGAACUCUCUGGUUUUGCCACGUCGAGAACUACCGGUUUAGCGAUGUCGUCAUUGGCGAGCGCGACGCGGCCGCCAUUUUGCCGGAAAAUUGGUGGCGAAAAGACCAAGCCAACCCGGAGCGCACACUUAUUGCGCGCAAGAGCCAAUUUUUAUCCGAACAUCGCAUCAACUUGUGCGCUGUGGACGACUCAUUACAGGUACUCGCGAUUGACGUGCGCAGAGGAAGUAAACGCAUGCCCGUGCGCCUCUCUGUCUCGUCCAAGGGCCAAAGCUUCAUGAUGGCGUUGCCACUUGGCGACGGGUCGAGCGGGCACAUUGUGCGCGGCACACAGCCCUAUCACGUCAUCCGCGUGCAAGACAAGCACUGGAUCUCCAAGACAGAGCGUCCGGACGAAGCCGCGGACGCGCUCGAAGGUCUCUACCAACGCAGCCUCGAGGUCUUGGCGCAAGCCCGCGCGAUGGAGCACCACGUUGCCAUGUACGAAGCGGCGCAAUUUCUCUUGCAGUGGUACAAGUCGCAGUACCUUCAGCUCAACAAGACUGUGUACGUCGAGAUCCUCACGACACUCUGCGCAACCCACGAUCCCAAGCUCGUGAUGGACGUAACGCACAGCCUGCACGGUGCAUGCACUGAAGGCGUUGUGCCCACCGACCUCUGGCUGCGCCACGCGUCCUAUCUCAACUUUUUUAUGCACGCGCUCGGCCACCCGAGUCGAUCGACCGUCUUCAAGUGCGCCGAGGUGCUCUCUAUGGUGCUGGAAGCAGUCCUGGGCAACGCCGGUGGAGACGUGAACCUCUACCUUCUGUUGCAACCGGCGUCCAUGGCCAAGCUCUCGCAAGCGUUUUGGAGUUGGCACAACGCGUAUGAGAUCAGCGAUAUGCUCGAGCGCAUUUAUCUCCUCUUGCAAGACCUCGAAGAGCGUCAAAAGCACCGAAAACAAUCGACCAACGUCCGCAAGGAAGCGAGCGACUUGAACGCACCGUGGCUCUCCAAGCUGCGGCACAGCGUCGUCCACAUGCUCGUGCCAAGUGUGCGCCAAUCGUUUGGCUCGCGCAUGGCAGGGACGCUGAGCUUUGCCAAGUUGCCGUCUUUGAGCAACCACGUCCAAAUUGGUCCGUCGCCGGCCACCUCGAUCGCCGAUCGAUCCGAAUCGCAUGUUGGUUCGCCCGCAGACGACCGAUUCACCACCAACCCCGACGCCCCGCUUCGCCGCUCAUUCUCUUCCACGCCCACCAACACCCAUGCGCAGCCAGUUCGGGGAUACAGUGCACGCGGCCCCCGCCGCGCAAGCCAAUUGCAGUCGAUACCAACGAGCAUUGUCUCGGGCCGAGAGCCUCGCGAGAGCGGCACAGGCGAGCAUAUGCGCAUUCCCGAGCCUGCGCCGAGCGAGCCGCCUGUCGAGAUCGCGCCGCUUGUGAAUCGCCGCAAGCAACGCCGCGACCGCUCGUCUCUCGUGCCGCAGGACGUGGCAACCGAGAUUGAUCGUCGACGGACACUCCGUAAAGAGGUCGACGGCCUCGUGCGGCAGGCGUACAUGGUGCACCACAGUGCGAGCCCCCGACGCAGCUUUGUUGCUGCUCCCUUGGACAAAAAUGCGCCGCGCCGCGGCCACCGCAACAGCGAGCUGGUUAACGUGACGGCGAGUCUUGUGAGCUUGUACAAGACGGCCGACCAAUGUGCGAUGGAGGACUUCAUUGCGAAUGCGCUCGAACCGCACCUCCGCUCGUUUUUUGAAGACCAGAUCAAGCCAUGCCUCACGACCGUCGCGCAAGCGUCGGCACCCUCGUCGUCCCGUCGCGCCUCGUGGCUCUUCGCAUCCUAGACUCUUGUCCAAGUUACUGAGAGACGCUGAUACUGCCGCGUCCGGUGUCCAGUAUCGAGUGAGCGACGUAGCGAAUCCUAUCCCUUUUACCCAACGACACUUGAUGGUCAAAGCAGCGUCUCCCGUUUCAUCUGCGAGCUUGGUGGCUGACAAUCGGGCCGCCAAGUUGAGCGAUCCAGCGUUCCCGAGGCUCCCAAGCUAAGCUUUAUAUGUUUUUACCAGAAAUAGUAUAAAAAACUGC